AUGGCUAACUCAAUGCUCGACUCGCCGCCGCAGCUCCCUGCCGCCGGCCCUUGGGGCUCUCUGUUCGCCGUCCAGGAACCCGCGAAGCCUCGGCGUGUGUCGGUGGCGCUACCGUUCGCUCCCAAGAAGAUGCCGGCGUACCGGUACGGCAUGAAGCGGAACCUGGAGAUGUGCACCGAGGCGCUCGGGUGCGAGACCGGUGGCGUCGACCCAGCCGCUGACGACGCCGACGAGGGCGUGGAGCGCAAGAGGAAAUACAGGGAGGAGGAGGAGGAGGAGACCAAGGUGGAGCGGACGGAGCGGAGGGCGCGCGUGCUGCCACCGCCGCUGACGACGCUGGCGGCUGGCGCGACCCGCAUGCGCAUGGUCCACGAGCGACGCGGCGGGCGGCUAGAGGUGUACGCCGUGCGGGCCUCCGGAAUGGAGGCCGAGCGGAGCGGCGGCCGUCUUCGGCUCCGCCUCAUGCCCUGCGCCGGCUGCAAUGCCGCCGCCGUGUGCAGCAGCCAACAAGAACCGCAAGAAGCAGAGGAAGAUGAGACAGAGGAGGUUGAUCAGCAGCGGCAGCAGCAGUGCGUGGUCCCCAAGUACGUGCGCCGCGAGCGGUGCCUGAAGGUGGAGAGUGGCGCCACGGCGGCGAGGUGCAGCAUCAAAUGGGAGCAGGAGCAGGCUGCCGCGUUCUGGGUGGCAACCACCUGA